UUCAAUUUUACGGUAUUUUGGAAAUCGUACUGUUCUCGAUACGAAACUCUAGCAUUAUCAUCAUUCAAAAAUUCGAUUGGGGUGAAUUUUAACAUGGCCUUUGUAAGAGCUAUCAUUCUUCAGAACAGUUACAUUUUUAGAAGACAUCUCUGCAGUUUUAAGUGUUGUAGAGUCAGAAACUUUUCCUUGAAGACUUUGAGAAACCAGGACUCGAAACAUUUCUCGUCGCAGAGGAACUUCCACACUAGUUUCCUCAAUAUGGUCAAGGAAGGUGAAGCUGCACCAGAUUUCAGCUUGAAAGACCAAGAUGGAAACAACGUUCGCCUGAGCGACUUCAAAGGGAAAAAGGCUGUGAUUCUUUAUUUCUAUCCCAAGGAUGACACCCCAGGGUGCACCAAACAAGCUUUAUGUUUCAGAGAAGCAAUUGAGGAUUUCGCGCAACUUGGUGCGGAAGUUAUUGGAGUUAGUUCCGACCAAGAUCACAGAAAAUUUGUGGAAAAAUACAAACUCCCUUUUAAACUGCUUAGUGACGAAGGCUCUAAGGUACGAAAACUCUAUGAGGUACCUUCCACCUUUGGUAUUCUACCUGGUAGAGUUACAUAUGUCAUCGACAGACAGGGUAUUGUCAAGAAAAUUUACAACAAUCAGUUUCGUUCCGAACUCCAUGUUGAAGAAGCUAAAAAAGCACUAAAGGCUGGAGGAAACUAGCAACAUGUUUUUGAAAGGCUCUUGUCUUUUUAAUAAAUGUUGGGAAUUUACU